AUGGAAAGUGAGGGUGAUGAUUCGGCAAUAAUUGAAAUCGAAAAAGAUGAAGUAACAUUAGAUGAAGCAAAUGAAAUUCUUGUUGAAGAAGAAGUUGAUCCAAAUGUCGAUGAGAUAACUGUCGAAGUUGAAAAUGUUAUCUCAACUGAAUCAAAUUUAAUGAAAGACGAAGAAGAAGAUGAUGAUGAGGAUGAUGAGGAAGACGACGAACGUGCAACAGUGCAUCAUCACGCGUUAGUUGAUGCUAAGAAUGAUUCAACUGCAGAGUUGAUGAAUGAAAAUGAUAAUGCAAAUGAGACGAAUGUUGUCGGUGAUAAUAAUGAAAAUAAUAUUAGUCAAGUUUUGCAAAGUGAUUUACUACAACGACGACGUGUAUCAAAACGUGAAAAAGAAGAGCGUCUUAUUGCACUUGAAAAUGACGAAGCGAGACGUCAAGUUCGAGACGAUGAUGACAGUGGUGUUGGUACAGAUGCACAACAUGUGAAUGUUGAACAUAUCAAUCAGUUACAUCCUGGUCCAAGUUUCGCUGAACGCAUUACUGAACAUCCCGUUUUUGAUGAACGAUUUUACAAUCGAGUUUAUGAUCUACCGUUUGCAAUUCUUCAACAACGAAGGCGAGUUCCUCCUUCAUUGUUAUGUAAAACAACGCCGAGGCUGUUCUUAGAUGGUGGACAAGGUGGCGAUUUAACAUUUUUGAUUGAUAAUUGUGUUCCAGUGUCUGAUAUACUUGUUGAUAAUCUUGGCAAGUGGACACGACAAGGUAUGCGUACAACCACACGAACUCUAUUUGUUAAUGACAGAACGAUAUGCCGUAAAGGUGAACACGAUUAUAUUGUGGAAAAACGUUAUGGCAUACACGGCAAUGCCGUACCAGAUCGUAGUAUACGAAAAGUUGCUUGGACAAUGCGAACUGCUUUUGGUGAACAGUUAUAUUCCUUAAUCAGUUAUCGCAUAGCAGAUGGAGCAACUGUACCAUUCAAAGCUCACGGAAAUGCAAAAUCUCCAGCGGCAUCAAUUUAUCAGCGUAUUUUACCAUCUUCAAUAGAAAAAAUGAAAAUUCUUCGUAAAACAUUGACUCCAAAAGAUAUAACAAUGCGCAUGAUUAGAAGUGCUGGUGGCUUAUCAUCAGUGACUGAUUCUCAAGCUUUACCACGGAAUGAUAAACAAUUAUAUAAUUUAAGCAGGUAUCGCUGUCCAUCAUCAAUGCACUGUGGUCCAACAAAAUUAAGAAAUAAACCAAUGCGAACAGGUGUUGAAGAUUUAUACUGUCUUCCAAGUAAAGGAUUUGUUCAAUUCACCCAUCGUACAACAACUGGUCAAAAAGUUUUUUGUGCAUCGCAGUCAAUGAUAAUUAAUUUUAAAAAUAGUUGUACGGAGAAUAUAGAGGAAUUGUCUCAGCGGCUGCAUAAUCUAACGCCACCAUGCGAUAUGAAUGUAUCCGAAAUGAUGGAUUUUUAUAUGGAUGAGAAUGUACUUGAUUAUAGUAAGUCUGGUCCAUCAAUAUUAAUUAUAGAUCAGACGUACGAUUUAAAUGAUAUGUACUUAACAGUCUUUGCUUAUCGGAAUAUAAGAUUCAUUGGUAAAUCAAAUGGUCUUCAUCCAUUAUGCAUUGCCGCAUUCUGUUUAAGUACACGAAAAGAUGAAGAAGUUUAUUCAUGGGCUGCAAAUUGUUUAUGGAAUUUAUGUGGUUCGGAUGAUAAUCUUCGCGUUCGUGCUUUUUUAACGGAUGGUGAUCCAGUAAUGGAUAGCGUUAAAAAAUGCCCGAUGUUCGCACAACCAACUGUUCAUAUUCGUUGUGGUGUUCGUCUCCAGCGAAACACAAAAAUGCAGUUGCGUGAAAUGGGUGCAUCAGAAACACAAUCCAUUCGAAUUCUACGAGAAAUAUAUGGCAGUGAAGGGUUAGAAUUGCCUGCAGAUGGAUCGCAACGUGAAUGCGGAAUGGUUGAUUGUGUGAGCGAUGAACAUUUUAAUUCUACUUUAAAGAUUCUUAUGAGCCAUUGGCCAAUAAAGGGAUUUUCAAGCUAUUUUCUUAGAUUUCAAGCCGAAAUAAUUUGUGAUGGAUAUUUAUUGCCACGAAGAGUUGAAGCAGGUCUUGGCCGAGGAAAUACUAAUGGUAUAACCAACGAAAUAAGAGGAAUGAAUGGCAUUUUAAGGCGAUAUUUAAAACAGAAUGAAAUUGAUGGUUUUCACUCACUUAUACAAACUUUGGAGACGUUCACACGAGAUCAAUAUUUACGUCUUGGUGAAUUCGAUUUAACUCCGGAUUUGAAAAAUUCAUGCAUGGAUGAACAUGCAUGGAAAAGUUUACCUGUCAUUAAUAAAAAGGCAGCAUUUUCAACCGGAAUAAUCGAAGAUGAACUGCCAGUUUCUUUACAAUCUAUUUAUACCCUUCAUGAAUGGAGGAAAAUGAUGAGCUAUGCUAGAGCCUUAGUGGAUCACAAUGAAAUUAAGCGAUUCGAUGAGGAAACAUUCGCAGUUCGCGAUGCUUCCAUUGUGCACACCGUUCAACUUAUUUCUGAAGAUGUAUAUCAUUGCAACUGCAGUGAUAAACGGCCAAUUUGCACACAUAAUUUGGCGGUUUCAAUAUUUGCUCAGUCUGCUAAAAAGUUUGUAGAUCGUGUUGGCGAAAGAAAAGAAUUUUUGGCAGCAUCGAUAUCACGUAGAGAAAGCAAUGUAAUGCCACCGUCACCUGUAAGAAAGCGUCGUCGUCGUGAAGUACCAUCAUCCGACUAUAAAAUAAUGCCUACAUCCAUAAUGCGAUCAGACAGAUUAACAUUGAUAGAGGAUGAGCAUACUGUGUUAGGUUUGGAAGAUGAUGAAGAUGAACAUGUAAUAGUGGAAGACGAUGGUACUGAAAUGUUAGAAUGGGUGGCAGAAAGAGAUGAGCAUCGAUUACAGAUGGAUAAUGAACGUACAUCCCGACGGCCUCAAAGAGAACCACACCCACUACGCCGAUUUUCUCCGGAAGGUUAUCGAGUUGCCUAUAGAGAAGCAGAAAACACGAGAUAUCAAUCGAGGUUCAUAACAGGUCGGGGAAUUAUGCGCAGGUACGCCUCAGACUGGAGUGGAAUAAGAGACACAGCCGAUGAAUAUCAGCAAGAUAUAGCUCGUUUGAGGGUCAAUCGUAGAUGCUUGUCUGGAACUGAAGUAGUCUCUCGUGCACGUAGAAUAAAUCUGAAAAAUGAAAUGGAAGAAUCUGAUCAAACUGAAAAAAAUGAUGAAGAUGAUCGCGAUAAAAGUAAAGUUAUAAGUGAAGAAUCGAAAGGAUGUGAGGAAAAUGAAAAUGAACAACAACCUAGCUGUUCUGAGAUCGAUAAAGAGCAAUUUGUUAUGAAAAAAGAAGGGCACCAAAUGAAUGUUGCAAAUGAUGGAGAACAACAAGAUUAUGAUGAAGAAGAUGUUGAUUUUGAGCGUAGUUAUCAACAGCGCAAUUCGAAAGCGAUACAUAUUCCGUCAUUCGCUCGUCGCGUGACAGAUCACCCUAUUUUCGAUGAAAAAUUCUACAGUCGAGUAUAUGAUAUCCCAGUUGCUAUUUUGCAGAAAAAAAGAGAAAUUCCUGUUGCACUUAUAUGCAGAGAAGCGCCUAUGAUAUUUCUUGAUGGAUUGAGUGGUGGAGCGGUUUCUUUUUUGGUUGACGGAAGUGUUCCUGUCUCUUAUUUGUUAGCUGAUAAUUUAGGUAAAUGGAAUGGGCCCAAUUUGCGUUGCACAACUCGAACAUUGUAUUUGGAUUCAAAAUCACUUUGCCGCAGAGGAGAGCAUGAUUAUAUUUUGGAAAAACGAUAUUGUAUUCACGCAAAUACAACUCCUGAACGUAGUAUAAAAAAGGUUAUUUGGACUAUGCGUAGUGCGGCUGGCGAUCAGUUAUAUUCAUUAGUAAGUUAUCGUAUUGAUGAUGGAGCUGUUGUGCCGGGCACAAGUUUUAACCCACAUAUGAGAUCAAUGGAUAAUUAUUACCAGCGAAUGGAACCUACAAGUAUCACUUUUUAUGACACAUGUGAUGAUCAGUAA